GACAGUUUGAACAUCAUGUCUCGUCGACAAUAUUAUCCAAUCACUGAUGACCAUGUCGAUGAUCCCAAGGGCUAAGCAGGCACUAAUGCCCUGCGCUGUCCGUUCGGCCCUUUGCUCCUCGGGCUUGUGGUGGCUGGGCCCGAGGAGGCUGGGAGACAUCGCCGGCCGUAUAACCAACCACCUCAACCGUGAUACCAGCCCAAUUCAGCACCGUCCCUUACCUUUUUGUUUGCUGUACUUACCUCUUAUUACCUCGUGGGCAGGUUCAGGGUCUGCAUCUGAGGGAAUGUUCAUCGGACACAUCCACAAUCCGCACUGCAAGUGAGCUGUUCACCGCAUACAUUCCUCGGUUGAUUUUCGGCCGCC